UGUCCUGCUCACUGGUGGCACUAUAGCUCUUGAGCCACAGAUCCUAAACAUUACUUCUUAUGAUGAGUACCCUCACACUGGGCUUUGCAAACAUGGUUGUGAAGUGUAUACUAUUUCCUUCAUUUUACAGAUGCCUUUAUGAGGAAACUGGAGUCCAAGAGAGUCACAGAGACAGUAAUGACCAGACCUGGAACUGGAAGCUGCAUCUUGUGUUCCUUUUCCUCCCCAUUCAGAGGAAACCAGAAGUCAGAAAAUCCACACAAGCAAGCCUAAAACAGAGGCACUGUCCUUGGGUUCAGCAGGACCCUGGGGAAAGGAGACAGACACUUUAGAAUCCCUGGAUAACGGCUUUCCAAGGGAAGGGUAUGGAGAACAGAGGGAAAGAAGUGGAAAAAGAGGUGCCGGAAGCCACUCAGAAAAUGAAGCGCUGUUGAGUGACGAGUCUCACAUGUCGCCUGCUUCUUUCCAGUCACCAGAGUUGACCCAAUGACCAUCUCCUGCCAGAAAGGUGAUAUAAGCUCCUGAGCCCACGCUGCCUGGCUGGGCUGCCUACCGAGGAGUCCAGCCUCAGAGCUGGUGAAAAGAGCCGGCCCAGGAGACUCCGGCAGGAGGCCCCCUACCUACCUACCUUGGAAGUUGGGAAGCCUGGGCCUGGGCUCACCAUCCCAGGGUUGUGGCCUAGGAUGGGGAAUGGGGCUGUGACAGGAGGAACCCUGGGUGUCCUCUUUCGGCCCCAUGGAGUCCUCACCCAUUCCCCAGUCUUCAGGGAAUUCUUCUGUUUUGGGGAGGGUCCCUCAAACCCCAGGUCCCUCUACUGCCAGCGGGGUCCCAGAGGUGGGGCUGCGGGACAUAGCUUCGGAAUCUGUGGCCCUCUUCUUCAUGCUUCUGCUGGACCUGACGGCGGUGGCUGGCAACGCCGCUGUGAUGGCCGUCAUUGCCAAGACACCUGCCCUCCGAAAAUUUGUCUUCGUCUUCCACCUCUGCCUGGUCGAUCUGCUGGCCGCCCUGACCCUCAUGCCCCUGGCUAUGCUCUCCAGCUCUGCCCUCUUUGACCAUGCCCUCUUUGGGGAGGUGGCCUGCCGCCUCUACUUGUUCCUGAGUGUGUGCUUUGUCAGCCUGGCCAUUCUCUCUGUGUCGGCCAUCAAUGUAGAGCGCUACUAUUACGUGGUCCACCCCAUGCGCUAUGAGGUGCGCAUGACUCUGGGGCUGGUGGCCUCGGUGCUGGUGGGCGUGUGGGUGAAGGCCCUGGCUAUGGCUUCCGUGCCGGUGCUGGGAAGGGUCUCCUGGGAGGGGGGCGCUCCCAGUGUCCCCCCGGGCUGUUCACUCCAAUGGAGCCACAGUGCCUACUGCCAGCUUUUUGUGGUGGUCUUCGCUGUCCUUUACUUCCUGCUGCCCCUGCUCCUCAUCCUCGUGGUCUACUGCAGUAUGUUCCGAGUGGCUCGCGUGGCCGCGAUGCAACACGGGCCACUGCCCACGUGGAUGGAGACGCCCCGGCAACGCUCCGAGUCUCUCAGUAGCCGCUCCACUAUGGUCACCAGCUCCGGGGCUCCCCAGACCACCCCACACCGGACAUUUGGGGGAGGGAAAGCAGCUGUGGUUCUCCUGGCCGUGGGAGGGCAGUUUCUGCUCUGUUGGUUGCCCUACUUCUCUUUCCAUCUCUAUGUUGCUCUGAGCCCUCAGCCCAUCUCGACUGGACAGGUGGAGAGUGUGGUGACUUGGAUUGGCUACUUUUGCUUCACUUCCAACCCUUUCUUCUAUGGUUGUCUCAACCGGCAGAUCCGGGGGGAGCUUAGCAAGCAGUUUGUCUGCUUCUUCAAGCCAGCUCCAGAGGAGGAGCUGAGGCUACCAAGCCGGGAGGGCUCAAUCGAGGAGAACUUCCUACAGUUCCUCCAAGGGACUGGCUGUCCAGCAGAGAACUGGGUUUCCCGACCCCUACCCAGUCCCAAACAGGAACCUCCUGCUGUAGACUUUCGGAUCCCAGGACAAAUAGCUGAAGAGACCUCCGAGUUCCUGGAGCAGCAACUCACCAGUGACAUCAUAAUGUCAGACAGCUUCCUCCGUCCUGACCCCUCACCUCGACUGGAGUCAUGAUGGGCCACUGGAUACUUGGAGGGAGUUAGGGAUGGGGACUGGUCAUGUUCACAAGGACUGCCCCUAUGGGACCACCUUUUUCUAGCUGGCGGGGGUCUCCAUACACAGAUUUUGUUUAGUGUUUCCUGGGUCAGAACCAGAACCAACAGGAUGGACAAGUGGCAAAAGCCUUGGACUUGGCUGUGAUCUUUGACUACUGGGGGAGGGAACCUGGGUAUGGUGAGACGGUGAUGAGAGAAAAGGGUCAUAAAGGACUGGCCUCCCUGAUCUCUCUCCUCACAGCAGUGACCCACCUUCAGCCCCCUGGACAAUCGGGUACAAGAGACUAAGGUCGGGCAAGGGAAGGGAGGGGGUGGGGGGGUCCAUAGUCCAUUAAAUACCUCCCCAUUCUCAUUUCACUGCUCUCAGAAUCAGCUUCUGUGACAAAGACCUAAAUCUUUCUCCUACCUCCAGCCCUGGGUUGAAGACAGGGCACAGGAGUUGGGAUCAGCUGUUUACUAAUUGAGACUGUAGGAACUGUGCUGCUUGGUAUUGUUGGUGGUAUUUCCAAUGGAGAGGGAAUAAUUGCAAACUGGGUAGGAUGCCCAUCUGACCAUCUAUCUCCUUUCCCUCGGUUGAAUUGGGUAACAUU